AGGUUGAACAAUACCGAGUUUCCUUUAAACAUUCAAACGCUGCUUAAUAUGAGUUUAAUCAGUGGAUAUUGUCAAAAGCGCGUCCUCGAAAUGUCGUCACCGUCGCUGAUUACGUCCAUUUGUUGAAUAAGACUUGAUAGUAUGAGUCAGUCUUUCAAACGCUAUGUAGUAGUAAAUAGGUGUUUUACGGUGUGCUCUCCGUGCCGUGUUUUUUUAUUAUCGACUUGACGCUGUGGGGAUUAUUAAUUUAUUUGGUCUUACAUUGUGAGUGUUUUCUAGUUUAUUAUUUGGUUGCUCCCAUAUACCGGUGGGAGAGCUUUUACUUCAAGCUGUCAUUUUAAACAAUUAAACCCUCUACCUGGAUUCCUCGGGUGCAACAUUUCCAAUAGACGCGACUUCUUACAUGGCUUAGAUGGAUAAAGCGUGACGUGGUGGUGAAAAUGGAACUCAUUGGAUUGCUCUUCAUUAUUACCAUGGCCUUCGCGUCUGAAGACGAUUGGAUAUCCAAGUGCGGUCAGUGCAAAUGCAUGUGGUCAGAUGGCAAGAAGACGGCGGAUUGCAGUAACAAGACCUUAAAUUCCAUUCCUAGUAAUUUGAGUGAUCAGAUACGUUCGUUAGAUUUAUCUCACAACGCCCUAUACGAAUUAAAAGCGAGCGCUUUCGUGGAAAGCAAUUUACAAAAUAUUCAAAAAUUAAAGCUAGUGAGUUGUAAUAUAAUAGACAUACACGUCACCGCGUUUUCAAAUUUGGGCAACCUUAUCGAGCUAGAUUUGUCCAAGAAUAAUAUUAAAAAGUUGGAUGAAGCCGUAUUUCGCGAAAAUUCUAAAUUAAGAAUAUUAUUUUUGAAUUAUAACGACUUGAAAGAGUUGCGGGGAGCUCUGUUUCACAACAUGCCACAUUUACAACGAGUAUCUGUUAAGCAUAACCAACUACAGACUGUCGACGUGAAUGUCUUUGAUAGCGGUCCAGUGCUUCAGCACAUAGACUUAAGCGAAAAUGAACUCGAACAUUUAGACUAUAGACUCAUAGAAAAUUUGGAGAGAAUAAGUAGCUUAAACAUUCAGGGCAAUCCGUGGAUCUGUGACUGUAACCUGAAGAAAUUUCGUGAUCUGGCCAUGGACCAAACACUAGUAACUGCACCCACUACUUGUGCACAACCCGAACGAUUAAAGGGGCGAUCGUGGAACGAUUUACAAUCUAAGGAUUUCGCAUGUGCGCCUGAAAUUUUAUACCCAACUAGCAAUCAGAAGUACGAGACGGGAUCCUACUGGAAUUACACAAUCUCGUGCAAAGUUAAAGGAGAUCCAAUUCCAGACGUUGACUGGCUUUCAAACGGUCGCAUAAUAGAUCGAGAUCCCCGCCAGAACCAACAGAAAUAUGUUGUGCAAAAGCAACCCAAAGACGACAUUAUUUGGAGCAAUUUGACUAUUUUAAAUAUUAAUUAUAGGGACAAAGGAGAAUAUAGAUGUGUAGCUACAAAUCCGGGAGGAGUGCAAGAGAGAAACGUAUCCCUGGUGGUGUACGGUGAAUACAAGGGGGGCAUUAUUGGUGGAGGAAGUGGUUCCGGUAAUGAUAACCUGAUUUUGUACAUUUGUUUGACAGUGGGCGCUAUUGUAUUAAUUAUAAUAAUAGUGAUAUUGCUGUGCUGUUACUGCAAGCGAUCGUCCAGACAAUCUCGAUCAAAAAAUAAUGACACUAGCCAAUCGACUGACUACGUUAGCUUAAAUGGGCGCCCUGAACACGAAAAGGCGUUAAUUACAGAAGUGAACCCAAUAGUGAAACCGCCUCGACAAUAUUCCGUUCCUCCAUCCGUUACCAGUGGAAUUACUGAAGUCAGUGAUAUUAAGAAGACUUUAUUAGAUGACGACUCAACAUUUGGAGCAGGUGAUGAGGAUUCACGUUCGUUCGACUUCGACAGCCGCCCAAGAGUUCCAAUUCAUCAUUUAGAAGCAGACUAUCGCAACGAUAAUCAACAGCCUGACCUGUUAGCGUUUCCGGCCCGUGGAAUUCAAGUGUCUCCAGCAGGAAGCACAGCUUCCACUGUUGCUGAUCACUCCCGUUUGCCACCACAUCACGGGCCACAAUCUCCAAUCCACAGUCCGUUGUACGACUCGGUGAGUCUGUACCGAACCCUUCCAUAUUCGAGGUCGCAGUCACCAUUCACCUCGCCCCUAGGAGCACCUGUGGUAACACCACGCGCCGGUGGUUACGUAACAAUUCCUCGAAGGCCAAGAGCGAGCUGGAGUAGCGAACCGUUGAAUCCCAUGUUUGUGGAUCCAGUGUACGACAAUUUAGGGCUACGCACGACGGCGGCGGGCAAUUCCGCUCUCUCCCUGAACAAAAUAGGCGAGACGUCCACACCUAAAAUUCCUCGAAACGCGAAUCCUUCAACUCCAGCUUCUUCAGUUCCCUGGCAUCCGAUCGCCGAACACGAAGCAAUCGGAGUAUCCGCGACUCUGCCAAAAAAUAGUGCGUCUCUUCGUGCGCCAACAAACGAGUUUCAAAAGCCCAACUGGAUUAGAAACACUUCGGAUACGAGCAGCUUGAAAAGUAUAGAUAACGACUCGAGAAGACAGUCCACCUCUUCACUCUUACCCACAACCCCUGAUGGUAAAAUAACAAAAAUUCCACCAAGACCACCACCAAAACCCAAAAAACGGAUAUCCACCGGUCCUUUGUUCGAGGAUGAAGGCGAAGAUGGAACGGAAGUGUGAGGGUGGCUGAAAAAUCCAGGGCUUUUGGCGCUGGUAGUGUUUUAAGUGUAAUAUAUGGUGCUAUUGCGUGGAUCAAAAAGAUUGUGAAUUACCAUCACAGGGUUUCAACGAAUAAUUUAUGAACAAAUGUGUGCCUUGUUAGACUAAUUUUAACUUCAAAUGAAAACUGUUUAAAAACCGUUGCGCUUUGUCAUUUGACUUGAUUUUGCGAGUUUUUGGGCUUCCAAA